AUGAAGUAUCUUGAACUGAGUCAAGUAAGAUCGCAUGAAGCCAAGCGAAUUGAAGACAGGAAGCUGACGGUCCUCGAGUACUGGCGCGGCUUGUUCCAGUUCUCGAUGCUUCAGAAGAUCACACUUACGGCUCGGAACCGUCUUCAGGACGCAUCGGUCGAUAAGCUUGUCUUCCUUUUCUUUAACGCCAAGAACUUCGACGCUGAAGAUGUUGAGUUCUAUGGCUUCAUGGAGAACAUGGCGGAUGCUAGUUGUGACGAGGAAAUCAACAACUGCGACGAGGAAUUUGAGUACUACUAA